AUCCCAUUUAGUGUACUAAAUUUUCAACCUUAAAGACGUGUCUAACUAAAUCCCCAUGUUCAUAUGCCUCUGUUCCUUUGUCCCACUUCAGUUAGAUUUUCUCUCUCUUCAGAGAAUAAUGGUGUCACACACAAAUACAGUUACACCCUUCUGUUGAAAGACAUUAUUAUUAUUAUUAUAAAACACAAUUUUUGUUUGAUUUUAUUUGGAACCUUAAUUAGUAUUAUCAUCAUCAUCAUUGCUUGUGGUGGUUCUAUUCUGGCUUCUGCGGAGAUCCUUUUGUUUCCCAUGUGCUGCUGACUUGGUUUCUCUCUUGUUUCUUCUCUCCUCUUUUUCUUGUUCAUUUUUUGGGGGCACAAAAAAAAAAAACACUUUUUUGAGGGCUAAGAAUUAUUGAGAGUGAUAAAUCAGCUACUUCUGUUAAUCUUGUUCUUUUUAAUUUGUUGGGGUGCUCUUGGCUCUUCCUGGAUCCAGGUUACUGAUUUAUGGUUCAUCAAUUAUUUUGAAAGGAAGAGGACUAUGAGAGAAGGUUCCUGAAAUCAAUUUUGGAUAUAGUUUAAAUAAAAGAUGGAAAACUCAGACUUUUGGAUUCAGAAAGAGAGCCAUGGAGAAAAGGAUUCACUGCAUAGCUUGUACAAUGAUAGGGAAGUAGCGGACGACGAAGACUCGUCGAAAUGGCAGUUAAAGAAGUUGAUUAGAAGUUCAAAUUCGCCUCGCGGCCUAGUUGUGAAUGCUAUCCAAUCACAGUUGGGUAAAGUAUGCUUCAAAGAUUUGUUCUUCCGGCGUGUUCAUGGAAUAGACAACAGGAUCCCAAAGCAUGUGGUGAGUGUGGAUGAGAAGUAUCUUCGUCGCUGCCUCGAAUUUAUGCAUAGCGCCGCGAUAAAAGCAGCUCAAUGCAACAUACCUGUAAACUUGAGGGCCACAAACAUGGUGGCUUUGUCAGAAAGCUUAAAUGCGUGUGAUUCGGGACAAUUCAUCUUUGAAUGCCCCGGGAGAGUCUUAAUUAGUGCUAGUUCCGGGGAGCAUUGGGGUUUAGGAACGGUUAUGGGGAGUAAGAGUAUGAUAAAUAUAUUGAAUAGUGCUCUGCUUCAGAAGUUUGGUGUAUCUGAUAGAAAUGACGAUGUGAGCAGGAUGAACUUCUCCGACGAAAAGGGAUCGACGUGCUAUGAUUUUAUGGACUCUUCUGGUGGUUUAACCAUUUCUUCGUCGCAUAAACCGGAAAAGGAAGCACAUCAUAAGUAUGGUUCUGUUCCAGUUCACAAAAGGAUUGCUUCUAGUUCUAGCACUAACACUACUUGUUCGGAUUGGUUGUCUUCGGCUUCUUCAACUCUUUCUCAAGGAAUGAUCCAAUGCACAUGGAAUCGAGGGAUUCCUCGUUUUAUUUUUUCCGCGGACGAUCAGAAGGAGGUCUAUGUAGCACAUUUGAUGGAGGUAGACUCAGCAGAUGAUAAGGAUUUGGAUUUUGUCUACCAGUUUCAUUUGAACAAGAGUAGCCAUAAGGGUCGCAAUAUUCCCGACAGUGUUUCGAAUAUUGUUGGUAAGAUGAAUGUGUCAACAAGUUUCACCCUCUGUCCGAACAAUAGCAAAAUAAUGGAAACUGAGUUUACAUUGUUUGGCAAUGCGGAAAUUUUCGACAAAGAAACGCACGCAUCGGAUGAUUCUCAUAGGAAGAACAAGGGGCUGACAAAGAAGGUGUCACAAGUGUUUAAAACUAGUCCAUCGUCGAAACGCAGGACGCUCUCAAAGUUUGGUGGAUCAAGUUCGAUAGAGGAAAGUUGUCCAUGGGAGCCGAAUGCUCUCGGUAAGGCCAAUUUAUUAGAGACUAAUGUUCCUCCGAAUUUUGAGUUGGCUGCUAUUGUUGUGAAAGACCAUCUUCCUUGUAAUAAGCCUGCUGCGAAAGUAGGGGGCUGGGGUUUGAAAUUUCUCAGUAAAUCAGAGACGAUGUUGCCUUCUGAAAGUUGUGCACGAAAUACUGGUGAUUGCUCGACUAGCACAAGCGUUCUAAUUCCAGCAGGCCUUCAUGGCGGGCCAAGAAUCAGAGAUGGUGGUCCAUCCAGUCUGAUAGAUAGAUGGAGAUCNGGCGGCCGCUGUGACUGUGGUGGUUGGGAUGAGGGAUGUCCUCUGACUGUACUUCAGCGAAGAUCAAGUGCAUCCGAGGUUCCGAGUCAAGUAGAUACACAAGGAGAAUGCAAGUCAGCUGAUUUAGUUACUCAGGGUUCCGGCGAUUUCUGCCCAACCUUGAGGAUGAUAAAUGUUCACGACGGUUUAUACUUUAUUCAUUUUCAACCACCUCUGUCUGCACUACAAGCUUUCUCCAUUGUUGUGGCAAUAAUUCAUGCACAGAGUCCUACUCUUCGGCCGAAAAGAGCGUAGGAGGUAUGACGGUAAAGGCGUAGUUUGAGGUUAUAUAGCAGUCAUAGUUAUCUUACUGUAUCAUAAAAGGCAAUUGAUGAAAAAAAAUAUUUUAUGUUUUUAUACAUUAAUGGAUCAUUUCUAUGUUUAGGUUUGCUAAUUUUUAUUUUUCAUACUGUAAGAUGUUAUCUUAUUUAGGAGAUCUGGCUGUGCUUUUUGUUUCACAUUUCAUAGGCAAGAACUUUUGUAAACCAUCAUUUUCCUCGUUCUUUUUUUGUUGAAGGGGGUAGAAUGUGUCAUAUAGGGUUUGUUUUGUUGAACCAAAUUUGGUAAACUGUAACAUUGAGAUUGGGUUUGUUAUAGUUGCUAAUGAGAAGAAAUUGAAAUUAGCACAUAAUCUUGAGUAUAUAACUC